AGUGCUCGAGAAUCACCUGAGCAUCAGACCAGACUCCGCUCUGUCAGCCGCUCCAGCCAAGUAGCAUGAUGAGACUGUCUGUCGCCUUUCGCCACGCUCACCGGAGCCACUCAACCAUACAAAGAUCACGUACUUUUGUCAAAUUUUUAUCCCGGGAGAACAGACACACACCUGAUAUCAGCGCGGUUUCUUUUCUGCGGGCUCGAGAAGCGAGUUCUACCAGCUGUACAACUGAAACAGCAGCCAGUUUACAAAGUCAUGCGAGAAAAUACGAAGGACCACCGUAUGAAAGAGCAGUUGGUGACAUUGUUCAGAGGUGCAGAGAAGAGCUCAAAUCUAUUGGAGAAAACAACCCAGGCCUUAAACCCACACUGGCUAUUAUACAGGCUGGUGAAGAUGAUGGUUUAUUGGAAAUGAAUAAAAAGAUGGCUGGAAAGAUUGGCUUGAAUGUGAUGCAGAUUUGUCUUCCACACCGGUGCACAGAAGAGGAGGUCAUUGAGGAGGUCUUGAGGUUAAAUAAAGAUUCUCGUGUUCAUGGCAUUUUCCUGCACCUUCCUCAGACCUUCCUUUCCAAAAGUGUUCGUAAUGCCAUCAAGCCACAGAAGGAUGUGGAUGGGGUGUGUGAUCUUAAUGUUGGCCGUGUGGUGUUGGGUGAUAAGACAGAUGGCUUCACCUCACCUGUUGCUGGAGCUGUGCUGGAGCUGCUUGCCAAACAUGAUGCUCCAUUAGUUGGCAAGAUGGCAGUGCUGGUGGGUGUAGAGGGACCCCUGAAGGUGGCUCUUCAAUGUCUUCUGCAAAACAAUGGCAUGAUACUGCAAACCUGCAGGUGGAGCUCAACAAACCUGCAAAAACAGAUCAUGGAUUCAGAUGUGGUGAUAACAUUAAACACAAACCACAAUCACAUUCCAUCAACAUGGUUAAGGCCAGGCGUGGCAGCCAUCAACCUCGGUUCGGCACUAUUGGAAGAGCACCCUGACAGCUGGGAGGCCACAGUUGAAGCCCAGUCUGCUGCAGGACUUGGGCCUUUAACUGCUGCUUUUCGAAUGCAGCAUGUGGUGAGGAGUAGCAGAAGGUGGAUACAGGAACAGCAGUACCAGCCAUGGAAUAUCCGGCCGCUAAAACUUCACCCACUGUCACCUGUGCCCAGUGAUAUCGAGAUCUCCAGAGCACAAACUCCCAAACCCAUAUCCCAGCUUGCCCAGGAGAUCGGCCUGCUACCAGAGGAGCUUGAGGCCUAUGGGAACACCAAAGCCAAAGUCCAUUUAUCUCUCCUCAACCACCUCCAACACCAGCCUGAUGGCAGAUACGUGCUGGUAGCAGGUAUAACUCCCACUCCUCUGGGCGAGGGGAAGAGUACAGUGACCAUAGGUUUGGCUCAGGCCCUCACCGCUCAUCUCAAACUCAACUCCUUCGCCUGCCUGAGACAGCCUUCACAAGGCCCAACUUUUGGAGUCAAAGGAGGAGCGGCGGGUGGGGGAUAUGCACAGGUCAUUCCUAUGGAGGAGUUUAAUCUCCACCUCACAGGAGACAUCCACGCUAUAACCGCAGCUAAUAAUCUAGUGGCGGCAGCUAUUGAUGCCCGCAUUCUCCAUGAAGCUACGCAAUCAGACAAGGCCCUGUACAGCAGACUAGUGCCAUCUGUUAAUGGUGUGAGGCGCUUCUCUCCCAUACAGCUGGCUCGCCUACAGCGUCUUGGAAUAAACAAAUCCAAUCCCACUGAUCUCACACCACAAGAGGUCAGUGCUUUUGUCCGUCUUGACCUUGACCCUGAGAAGGUCACAUGGCAAAGAGUUGUUGACACCAAUGACCGAUUUCUGCGCAAGAUCACUAUAGGCCAGGCCAACACUGAAAAAGGCCAUGCUCGCCAGACCCAGUUUGAUAUCGCGGUGGCCAGUGAGAUCAUGGCCAUCCUCGCUCUGACUGAUGGAUUGGCUGACAUGCGGGCCAGACUGGGGCGGAUGGUUGUUGGCAGCAGCAGGAAUGGACAGGCGAUCACUGCAGAUGACCUGGGUGUGACCGGGGCUUUGGCCGUCCUCAUGAAAGAUGCUAUCAAACCCACACUAAUGCAGACACUGGAGGGCACUCCAGUGUUUGUGCAUGCAGGGCCUUUCGCUAACAUCGCCCAUGGGAACUCCUCUGUCUUGGCAGAUAAGCUGGCUCUUAAACUAGUUGGAGAAGAGGGCUAUGUUGUGACAGAAGCUGGUUUUGGUGCAGAUAUUGGCAUGGAGAAGUUUUUCAACAUUAAGUGUCGGACUUCUGGACUGAGGCCUAAUGUUGUUGUGCUGGUUGCCACCAUACGCGCUCUGAAGAUGCAUGGAGGUGGACCAAAUGUUACAGCUGGUGCACCACUGCCUAAAGAAUAUAUCGAGGAGAAUUUACAGCUGGUUGCAGAUGGCUGCAGUAACCUGAAGAAGCAGAUUCAGAUCGCUCAUCUCUUUGGAGUUCCUGUGGUUGUUGCUUUAAAUGCCUUCAAGACAGACACUCAAGCAGAGAUUGACCUGGUUUGUCGCAUUGCAAAGGCUUCUGGGGCGUCCGCUGCAGUGCCAUGUCAUCAUUGGUCCAGAGGUGGACGGGGCUCUCUUGAACUGGCACACGCUGUAAAGGAAGUUGCUGCUCAGGGAAGCCGUUUUCAGUUCCUGUAUAACUUGCAGGAUCCUAUUGUAGAGAAAAUUCGCACUAUUGCACAGAGAGUUUACGGCGCUGAAGACAUUGAGCUUUCAUCUGAGGCUCAAGCUAAGAUUGACUACUACAAUCAACAGGGCUUUGGUGCUCUUCCUAUCUGCAUGGCCAAAACCCACCUGUCUCUCUCUCACAUGCCUGAGAAAAAAGGUGUUCCCACCAACUUUAUCCUGCCCAUCAGAGACGUCCGUGCCAGCAUCGGCGCAGGCUUUAUCUACCCUUUAGUUGGAACAAUGAGCACUAUGCCAGGCUUGCCUACACGACCCUGUUUCUAUGACAUUGACCUUGAUCCUGUGACCGAGGAGAUAAAAGGCCUUUUCUGAGGACACACUCUUCACCAGUAAGAACUCAACUAGGUCUUAAUUCACACUGCAAACAUUUGUGCUGAGUUACAAUGUUUCGAUUGGCUUUACUUAGUAUUUCGUUAAACUAUGUAAAAUUUUUAAUUCUGUUCUAUUGAGUCUGCAGACUGAGGUUGUAUUACAAAACAUGAAGUUUAUAUGAUUACAGGAAUAGUUAACUUCUAAUGACAGGUAACCAUUGAGUUCCACUUAAGUUCCAGUUGAGGCUCUCCAUUGACUUCCAUAGUAUUUAUUUUUGAUGGCAUCAAUUUUAAAGACAUCUUUUGUGAUUAACAUUAGAAAGAAACUCAUACAAGUUUGAAACAAGUUGGGAGUAAGUACAUGAAGUGAACUACUCCUUUAAGGAUCACUUAUGAGUCAAUUUUUUUUUUCAUUUGGUAAAAAAGUGACACAUGACAAAACAAAUUGGGCCACAUAUUCCUGUAGACUGAACUCCUGAAGCCAAAAGUGUUACAUCACAGAUUUUUAUGCUUUGCAAAUGCCAAAAAUAACCCAUUUAUCCUAAAUGAUUUAAUCUGUUUUUCCAUUUUUUCAGGUGUUUCUUGUUUUCCAUGUUGGUCUCCAUUCAUAUGCCUAAGAUUACAAGCUCAUCCAUUGUUUAAUGAGAAUGAAACUACUGGGAGAAACUUCAAACAUUUCAUCUCAUUGGUUUUGCACACUUGUGUUUGUUUUUAAAACCAAGUCUUAAAUGUUCUCUUACUUGAUGAAUUUUUCAUUUCGCAGCAACUUUCAUCAAAUUGAAUGUAAUUUUUAGUUGUUGGUUUGGAUAAUUGGUGAGUUUGCUGUUGUAAUUGGACGAUACACAGGGCAACUUUUAGAGCAGUGAUGCUUGGAAACUCUUUAAACUUUUUUUUCAUUUAUAAUGCACUUUAAAACAGCACAGUUGACCAAAGUGCUGACAAUAGAAGUGAAACAAAGCGUAGCACAAACUUUAAAAUAGAAAUAAAUAAACAUAAAAUGUCAACAUCUCACAGUGUGCUAAAAGCCAACUUUAGCAAACGAUUUUUAAGAAGAGAUUUAAAAACAGUAAUGGAAGAGGCUGGCCUAAUAUACAACGGCAGCCCAUUCCACAAUUUAGGUGCGGCCACAGCAAAAGCCCGAUCCCGAUCUGCUUUUGACUGGUCCUGGGCACAUCCAGAAGGAGCUGGUUGGCUGACUUGUGUGAUUUAUAAGGUGUGUAGGGACAGAGAGGCUCAGAUAGGUAAAGAGGUGCAGCACCAUUCAGACACUUAAAAACAAUUAAAAUUAACUUAAAAUGAUCCUGAAAUGCAAGGAAACAAGGAAGCUAAAUAUAUUACUGCACAUUUAAAUUGACAUUGGUAGCAAAUUUGAUUAAAAUUAAUUAUAUAAAAACCCAGUUUUCUGUUCACAUCUGAAAACUUACUGGAAUAAUACGUUUGUGCUCUUUUCUUUGUUCUUCUGCCUCUAAGCAGCUGCAAUUUUAAAUGUUUUUUGACAGCUGGGUCACAUGAUUAGCUGCUUGGUUUCUGAGUGGAGGAUCUCAAAUAAUUGCAUAUGACCGAUCUUACAGAUCCAACCAGCAGGCACAGGGCAACAACAUGAUGUCAGAUUGAUGUUGUACCUCAACGUUGUGGGGGAGUUGCAAUUUGUUUUGAAAUUUGUUUUAAAAAUCAGGUUGACAUCAAAACCCAACAUCAGACUGACAUCAAGGUCCAAUGUCCAACCUAAAAUCAACCAAUGUCUGAUGAAGUUACAGCUUGAUGUGUUGAUAGUACCUCUACAGUGUCUAUCAGUUGUUGGAUUUUGGUUGUCAUAUCUAACGCAUAAAUGUCAGUAUUGGAUGUCAAUAUAACGUAGGUUUGAGGAUGUUGGCUUGACAUUGGAUUUUGGUCAUACAACCUAAAAUCAACCAAAUAUCAACAUAAUUUGACGUCUUUAUUGGACGUCAAAAUAACGUUGUGCUUAGACACUGACUAGACAUUGAAUUUUGGUCACCUGAAGUCACAACCUAAAUUUAACCAAAUAUUAACGUCUUAUGACAAUGUGUACCUGUAGGGCUAAUACAGUUUUGCCUAUUCUCAAUAAGAAAGUAGUGAAGCAACUUUGCCAGGCAGCAUUGCUCUUAAAAUUACCCUGUGUAUCAUCACCUUUAUCUUUACUAAACAUUUCUGUUUAAACGCUGUUUACAAUUUAAUGACGCACAAAAGCUUUUAAACUCAUUUCUUAUGGCUUAAGACACCUUUAAUGCUUUAACAUUUAUGUAUUGAACUUAAUUACAUUUGACUAACAGUAUUAAGGCAAACUCCAUUAAAUUUCUUUUUAUUUUAUGAGUGUUUACGUUCUCCUUUUACUGUGACAUUAAAUCAUUUCUAAGUUUCAGACGUUUGUUGCAGCUCAACAUAGCGUGCUUUUUAGACACUACACAAAACAUAAUGACAGCUGUUGAUUGGUUUGACACCUGUUCUGUGUCUUUCUUUCUCUUUUUGUUAAAAACGAUUUAAAUGUGUUACAAGUGUUACUUACUUCCCACUACCUGUGUACGUGUGAAAACAUGCCAGACAAUCUUGUUUUAGGCAUUCCAGCGUUAUCUGUUAUUCAGAGUCUUAAACUAUGGUGUGCUACGUGAGGAUGGAGGAAUUCCAUUGACUGUUGCAUCAGUUGCGUAUGCUUGAAACACUGUAUUUUACUGGUGUUGACAGAUUCUGCCAUGAAAAUGGCAUUCAGAGAGCAAGACAAAAAUAAAAGCAGCACAUGAUUUUCAGUGUUAA